AUGGAAUCGACGAUCAAGCUGAGAUACAGCGGCGCCUUAAUACCAAUAGAAUUGGCGGAGACUGCCAGUUCCGAUUUUGUGCCUCAAUGGAAAAGAUUCGAUCACAUCUACAAACAUUUCGAAGCCGGCCAACAUAUCUCUAGCUGGGUUCUCCCAGAUAGUCAUCUCACCAAAGGCGAAGCAAAGAUGCAAUUCUUUGGGAGAGUUCUACAGCAUGCCAGCAGCAUGACAGAAACGACAAAAUCUGAAAGUGUUGAUAGCAAGUCACACUUCGAGGAGAUGAUGGAGACAGAAGAGAAUGGCGCAGCCUCUUCACUCAGGGGCCACCGUCAAAUCCGAACUUUCCGCGCAAGCUCGAGAGGAAGACGUUCGCGAGCAUCUAUGUCGCCGAGAGGUGUAAAGAGACGACGUGAAAAUAGCCAGCCAACCCCGGAUAUCCCAUCUAUGCCUACACCCGAAGAGGCCCCUGAUUUGCAUCAAACCGUGGAUCAGUUUUCAAUAGAACUUGCAAACAUGGAAGAAGUUGGUAAUUGCCCUGACGAUGGUCUCUUAGAAGACUUUACCUUGUCCAAUUGGAUUGUGACGUCUCCAACAGAGCCAUCUUAA